GCAGAAUAAUUUAAAAUGUCGAAACGCGAUGGAGGAGAGCAGAAAAGUAAAACAGCUAGUAGUAAACAAACUCUCUAUCAAUCACAGUCACAGUCUAGUCAGCAGCAGAACCCCUACGAGAACUACGGAUACGGCGCUAGGGCAGCUCACAUACAAUCUCCUUAUGGACAAGCUCCACAAUACCCCCACUACACCCUCGAUCAGCAACAGCAAGCCUACGCUGCUCAAAUGAAUGCCUACAACAACGCAGCAUAUUACUACCCGCCAACUAUACCACAGUACUAUCCAUCACCUCCAGUAAUAGCUAAUAGCGAACCUGAGCCACCUGCAAAACGAGGCAGGACUAACACAUACUCAAGUGCUAGGGAAAUGCCAUACACACCACAGCCAAAUGCUUUCCCACCUUCUACCGCACGUAAACAUCAGCAACAGAGUAGGAACAAACCAGCUCGUGCUGUAAUACCAGAACGUCCAAAUUUUCCCUCCAAUAAUCAAGAUCAGGAACAUCACCAUAACUCUAACAAACGCUCACAUAAUGCUAUGAACGCAGGUAGCAAUAACAAUCUCAACAAUAGGUCUAGUAAGAGGCAAGCACAAGGUAUUAGCAAAGCAGGUAAAUCAAUGCACUCCUCAAAUCAACAGAAGUUUAAAGCUCAGAACAAACAGCCAACGAGUAUAAACUCUGACGAUAAGAGGAGAACUUUGACAGAUUUUAGAAUAAUAGCUAUCAAAAUACCCGUGAUAGAUUGGGAGUGGAAUCAGGGUGAAAGUGUGAAUCAAGAAGAUAAAGAUUCAUCAAAAGAAAUGGCAAGAUUGAGAUUAUAUUUUGCUUCACCUCCAAGCCUUGAAAAAAAGAGAGGUACACCACAAACGAAGACUAAAGAAAGUGAAAUGCCCAUGGUAAAACCAGAUGUAGAUCAAUCUUUAGACCCUUUCGAUAAUAAAAUUAAAGAGAUUGAAGAGACAAUAGACAAACAAGGUAUACUUGAGCCAUCGUCAAAUAGAAUAUCAUUAUCAUAUGAUCACAACACACGUAGAUUAUUACUUGAUGCUGAAUUAAUUGAGGAUGUUAUCAUCAAGCGAAAAGAAGCCAAGAUACUCAUAAAAAUGCGUCUUCAAAGGACCAUUGAUCCACUAUCCAAACUAGUUGAAGAAACCAAAUAUGUUCCUGAAAUAGAGAGAGAUAAUAUAAUAAACAGUCAUAAAUCUCAAAUUGAAGCUGAUAAUGCUGAUAAUUGGAGGAUAUGUCCUGGUAUUUUGCUGGAAAUCUACGAUAACGAGCAGGAGUCAUAUAUACCACUUAAGAGAAAUUUUGAUGACAAUAACGAUGAUAAAAGUAUACCACCGUUCCAAAAACUUGUUGCACAAUCUAGUCGUGAAACAGUCGACCAAGAGGGUCUACCACAGUUAACUAAUGAAACUAUGUUAAUUGAGUGUUCAUUGGAAACUAACCAACCCCUCACUGAAGCCAGGUGGGUACGUAAUGGGAAUGUAGAAGAAUGGAUCGAGCAGACAGUUUCUGGGGCUGCUUUCAACGCUUAUAAGAACUAUAUCGCUAAACAGCAAAAUAUGUCUGCUAGAGUUGGUUGGCAUGGAAAAAUCAAAGUUUUGGAUCCUGAUCCGCCUCCAACAAUGGUGUCACGAAUGAACAACUGGGCCAAAACGUCUUCUACCUUCUCAUUCAAAGAGCGCCAGAAGUUCCUGGUUUGGUGGUUUGGAAUCGAUGAGAAUCUCAUAGUGCAGUUAGAGCCUAAAGACAAGCGCACAAAGAAUAACGACGAGCAUGAAGAAGAGGUCGAUAAAGGUGACAAAUGUGUUGAUAAAGCUAGCGAAGAAAAUGAUAAACAUAAUGAUGCAGACGAUAUUGACAAUGACAAGAACAGCGUAACUGGAGAAAUAAAUGAUAUAGUUAAAGAAUUAGAAGUUCUUGCUAGGGAGCAAGACGAUGAUGACAACAUUGAUAUACAGUUAAGCCAAUCACGUAUGACAACAUCAACGAUGGUAACAGCAGAAGAGUAUGACGGAUCACAAGCAGGACUUGACGCUGCUAUUGAGAUAUUAACAAGAUUUAUACCAUUCCCAAUCGCAAGCGAAUCCGUGAAGGUAAUAUUAAAAAAUAAUGCAUCAACUAAUAAGGACGAUGUUAUACAACAGGUUAGAAAGCUUCCACAGAAUCUUAUAAAUCGGUCUUUGGAUUUUGCUUUCAAGGAUUAUAUACGGUUGGUUGGUAGACCUAAGAGAUAUUAGCAAAUAGUAAGUGGAUGUAUUUGUUUUUCCAAUCGUUUCUUCUUCUUUUUAAAUCUUCAAGUCUUCGUAAUGGAAGUACUUUCUUUUGCAUUGUUUUUUUUCUUUUAAUGGUCAUAUAUAUCCAUCUUGAUUUAUAUGUCACAGUAGAUUGCGAUUCGCAUGCAAGCAUGCCGAUGAGUACUUUAUGAGUAGCUGUAAUGCAGCACUUUGCAAGUC